AUGGCGCCCGAAAACCAACCAGAACUACUCAUUCAGGACAUCCCAUACAGAAGUAAUACCUUCCCAAGUGAAGUCGUUAAUGAGGAUGACCUCCAGCUGGACGAGCUACUCAGAGAAAAAGACGUCCAGGGUGAACCUGAGCUUUUCUAUCCGCUUAAGACCGUUUACCGAAUUUUCACGAGGGAGCGAGUCCUGGCACAGCUCAGGUCGUACAAGGCACUUCCCAAUGCGGACCAUUAUGUGGACCUCAUAUGUGCUACUGGAACUGAAGCAAAACGGCCGCCACCCUACAUCAAGAUAUUCGCCAUUUUAGCCCUAAUUGGCAAGGGCGAGUCAAUCGGGGACUUCAUCGACGCCAAAUUGUCGGAUGAUACUUUACCAUUCUACCGUUAUGAUUACUUGAAUGCUAAGAGGCAACAUUACCUGUUCCUGAAAGAUACUGAGACUCCGAUAGCGGUACUCAAGAAAUGGUUACCCCAUGAAAGAUCGGCUUUCGACACGACACAGCGGAUGCUCCUCGUGCCGUACCUUGAACUUGGUCCCGGUAACAUGGUCCAAGAGUACAGUUUAUCAGAUCGAGAUGUCUUGCCGUGGUGCAAAUCCAAGUUCAGUGGCUCCGAAUCUCCAAACCCCUCGAUGGUCGAGGGAGCCUACGGAAAGGUUUACUGCGUCGAUAUUCACCGUGACUGUCAUGGAUUUCACAAAGUCCUACAAACGAUAAAACUUGACGGCGACAAGUUCGCUGUCAAAGAGCUCCUAAAACGAGACUUCAACGAUGAGGCACAGUUCAGGAAAGAAUUGGACCACCUCAAGAGGUUUAACGGUCUGGUUCACGAUCAUCUCGUGACACUUCUCACCACCGUCACCAAAGGAGAGACGCCAGAAAACAAGCAGUACCACUUCGUCUUCCCUUUCGCCAGAUGCGACCUUGGCGACUAUUGGAGGUCCAACCACAGUCCAUCGUGGGAUAAGACCACCGUGAAAUGGGUCGCGAAGCAAUUGCUAGGCAUCAUGGGGGCAAUGGAUGCCAUACAUGUGCCAAAGCACCUACAUCUUGGCACGCAGAUCGCCAAAUACGGGAUGCAUGGCGAUCUGAAACCGGACAACAUUCUCUGGUUUGGGUCACACAGAGACUAUAGGGGCAUCUUCGUGAUUUCUGACUUCGGCGUAGCAGACAUGCACAGUGACAAGAGCCGGUCGAACAUCCCCAAUGAGAAGAUCCCGGCCGUCCCGGGAUAUCGGCCCCCGGAGUGCGACAUUCAGAAUGGCUACAUCUCUCGACGGUACGAUAUCUGGACAUUAGGCUGUCUUUUCCUCGAGAUCGUGACGUGGUUGAUGGGAGGUCAGGAAUUUGUCAGUGCAUUCAAAAGGGAGAGGAUGAAGACAAUCUACGUCACCGGCGCGAAGAGAGACAUGUUUUAUACCGUCAAGAAGCUGGAAGGACAGACACCAGGUGCCAUUCAUAUCAGAGAGUCCAUCGUUGCGAAACCGACUGAAAAGGAAUGGUAUGCGCUCGAGGUCAAGCCCGAGUGGAUUCAGCGACUUCAUGAGGAUGAACGGUGCCCAGCACUCAUUCACGACAUCCUAGACAUGAUCGAGAAUGAGAUGCUGGUAAUCCUGUCCAGAGACGAUCACAAGUCCAUCACGAGAGACAGGUCGUCAUCUACGACUUUGACGAGAAAGCUCCAGGAGUGGGUCUCAAAAUUAAAGCCUCUGACGUACCCUUUGCAGCUUGCGGGGAAUUUCGCACUGGAACCUCCCUCGCACCCACUAUUUACACGUCUGGCCAAACGGACAGUGUACAACUGUCGCACUACCAACUCCUGGGCGAUGGACCUCGCAUAUACCGCGACAUUCUUUCCACACUGUGGGCUCACAUUUGGCAUCCUGUUCGGUUGCCCCUUCUCCAUCGAGAAGCAGAUUGUGAACAGGCUGACCUACGCCACGAAAGACGUCGGACACCCCCUUCUGAUCCCUGGGAUAUUUGCAGAGCUCGAAAGAACUCGCCAAGUCCACAUCAUCGAGUCUGCGAUCGACGACGUGGAAACACGAAUCCUGACUGUUGACUCGAGCCCUGAGGAAAUGGAUGCAAUGCCGACGGCGAUGAAAGAAGCAGACAACCGAGCAAAGCGUGCACAAUGGUUGGACACUACCUAUCUGAGGAAUCAGCUAGUCAACUGGAACACCCAACUCAAGAAGCUAGCCGGUCACACAGACGAGCUCUCCAGUAUCGUUUUUCGGAAGCAAGAGCCUGACGAAGCUCGCUCAUGUGAACCGACGAAAGAGGAGGGGCUCAAGAACGAAGAGUGCAUUGGCGCGUCCGGAGAACACCUACAGCGCGUGGGUGUUAAAAUCAGAGAUAGAGUUCAAGAAAUCAUUGAUGAGUAUGACGCCAAGAUCAGAGACUGUACCAUGAGGGUUGACGGCAUGGCCAUGGCAACUCAAUGGGCCCAAGGUGAAACCAAUGUGGAAAUCGCCUUGGCGACCAGUCGAGAUUCCAGGCAUAUGAGAUCAAUCGCGCUCGUCACCAUGAUAUUCUUGCCAGGCACAUUCUUUGCGGUAUCAACCCUUGUCGCACCCACCGUUUCAAUCUUCUCGAUGACCUUCUUCGACUGGUCUGGCCCUAACGGAACGCCCGAAAUUUCCACAUAUGUGUGGAUCUACAUCGUCAUCACUGUCGCAUUCACCCUUCUGACUAUUGGGAUCUGGUGGUACUUUGUUGUCUAUCGCCAGCAACCAGCGAGCAACGAAGUCAUGGAUGAGGAGGCCAUGGAGCUUCUACCUAGAUAG